GGACCGGGAACGGGAGCGGCACCGGGAGCGGGACCCGGCGGGGCGGGGACGGAGCCGCAUCCCGGCGGGCACCGCCGCAGCGCAGCAUCAGCGCCGGGAUUUGUAGGCCUCGAGGAGGGGCUGGCUGCUGGGAACGUGGAGGGAGCGUGGAAGGAAGGCGGAGGGAGCGUGGCUGCCGUGGGCACCUCGGCUGCUCACCCUGGAACCUCAUGAGAGCGUCACCACCUCCCCCUGACCCUCCUGUGGACAGUCCCUGGAGCACCUGCCCGCCGUGGCUGCCUGCCCACACCUGAGACACACACGUGUGCCCGCCCUGCCCACGCCUGAGACACACACGUGUGCCCGCCCUGCCCACGCCUGAGACACGUGUGCCCGCGCCGCAGCCCUGCCCAGCCCGCGCCGCUUCGCCCCACCCCUGGGGCCCGCUGCCAGGCAGGACAUGGACUCCAUGUUCGAGGACGACAUCAGCAUCCUGACGCAGGAGGCGCUGGGGCCGGACGAGGACUGGCUGGACAGCCCCAACACCGACCUGUCGGGGGAGAUGUGCUCGGCCUCGCACUUCGCCCUCAUCACCGCCUACGACGACAUCAAGAACCGGCUCACGGGGCUGGAGAGGGAGAACUCCACGCUCAAGCGCCGCCUCAAGAUGUACGAGGUCAAGUACCCCCUGAUCGGCGAGUUCGGGGAGGAGCACAUCUUCUCCCUCUACGAGGCCAAGGAGACGUCGCUGCUCAAGAGCGAGAAGGCGUCGCUGCAGCAGCAGCUCAACCAGUUCCAGCACGAGCUGCAGAAGAGCAAAGAGCGGGAGGAGCAGCUGGAGGAGAUGAUCCAGGCGUACGAGAAGCUCUGCGUGGAGAAGGCUGACCUGGAGACCGAGCUGGGAGAGAUGCGGGCGCUGGUGGAGACUCACCUGAGCCGCAUCCGGAGCCUGGAGCAGCAGCUGCGGCAGCGCGACGGCGGCGCCUUCCCGGGGCUGGGCACCCCCAUGCCCGGCCAGGAGGUGCCUUUCCUCAGCCUGCACCCCAACCCCGGGCUGAGCCACGUGCUGGAGCGCGCCGGGGGCUGGCAGAGCCGGGCCAUGGAGGCACAGAGCCGGCUGGAGGCCGAGCUGGAGGCGGCGCGGCAGGAGAACCAGCGCGCCCAGCACCGCGAGGAGCACCUCAAGGCCGAGUGCGAGAGGCUGCAGGCGGAGCUGAAGCACCUGCAGGACACCCGGGAGCAGGAGCAGUCAGAGCGGGACAUGGCCUGGGUGAAGAAGGUGGGCGACGACCAGGUGAACCUGGCGCUGGCCUACACGGAGCUGACGGAGGAGCUGUGCCGCCUGCGGAACCUCAGCUCCCUGCAGAGCCAGAUCCUGAGGGCCCUGCUGCAGGAGAAGGGCCUCAACGGCGGCCAGCGCCACUCCCCGCUGUCCCAGUGCCACUCCCCACUGUCCCAGUGCCACUCCCCGCUGUCGCAGUGCCACUCCCCGGCCCAGCAGCGCCGCUCGCCCGCCCCGCAGUGCCCCUCGCCCGCCCCGCCGGGGCGCUCCCAGUGCCAAUCCCCCGCCCUCCAACGCCGCUCGCCGGGCCCUCCCAGCCAGUCGCCGGCCCAGCAGCGCCGCUCGCCAGCCCCCGGCCCCUGCCAGUCCCCCGCGCAGCAGCGCCGGUCCCCGGUGCCCCCCUCCAACCAGUCCCCGGCGCAGCAGCGCCGAUCCCCGGCCCCGCCGCCGCCUCCCUGCCCGUCCCCGGCCUCGGCGUCCCCGCACCGGCUGCCCGGCGAGAGGAUGGAGCUGGGCUACGCCAAACCCUCCAGCCGCCACAUCAAGGCCGGCUUCCAGGGCCGCCGCAGCUACUCGGAGGCGACCAACGUGGCCCUGUACCAGCAGAGCCGCUCGCCGUGGCUGCAGCCCGAGGCCUCCACGCUGCCCAAGCACCGGCCCUACGGGGAGGUGUACCUGGGGGGCGCGGGGGCCCCGCUGAGCGCCCGCGAGCCCUUCGAGGAGCAGCACGUGCGCUUCGAGAAGCAGCAGUCGUCGGACGAGGAGGAGUGGGCCCUGCCCAGCCCGCCCAGCCCCGAGGCCGGCACCAUCCGCUGCGCCUCCUUCUGCGCCGGGUUCCCCGCGCCCGACGCCGACGCCGUGCGCCGGGCGGCCGCUGCCUACGCCCGGGCGGAACACGCCCAGUCCUGGCCCUCCAUCAACUUGCUGCUGGAGACGGUGGACUCUGAGGUGAGGAGCUGCCCCCUGUGCCAGCUGGCCUUCCCCAUCGGGUACCCGGACGAUGCCCUGGUGAAGCACAUCGACUCCCACCUGGAGAACAGCAAGAUCUGAGCCUUCCCCCCGCCCAUUCCCGACCUUUGGAUGCUGCAUGAAAACACACCAGGAGCACCACGGCUCCCGAAAUACCUCCAAGUCUUCAGUAGCUACAGAAAGACUGAGCCCCCCCCACACACACCCCGGAGCCCCCUGAGCCCCCCCAGCCCCCUGCAAGUGGGUUCCUCGCCCCAUCCCUGUGUCCAUGCCAGGCUUGGAUGCUGGAAUUGGGGUGCCAGGAUCAUGCCACCCCAGGUGGUGGCCGGAGGGGACUUGUCUGUGCCCUUGGGUGUCCUCUGCACCCUUGGGUGUCGCUGCUUGAUCUCAGGGAGGAUCCGAGGGGCCGGGUCCUGGAUCCGGCCCCCAGGAAGAGGGUGAGGGGAAGGGGCUGCCCCUUCCCCUGCUCCUGGGGUCAGAGUUGGGGUUGGGGGGGGGCAGCUGCUUGUUCUCGGUCCCCCUCUCCUCAUCCCACCAGUUCGAGCAUCUUUUACACUAAAAGCUCCCCCUCCCCUCAGUGUCUCCCCCCUCCCCCCAAAGAUGCUGCUGAGAAACGGACCCCGAGGCGCAGCAAGGACCCCUCCCCACAUUGCACUGGGCUCCGCGGCCCUGGGGGCUCUCCCUGACACCCCCCCCCGGCGUGGGGACAGCGCAGCCCCCCAGCAGCCCCCCUCCAUCCCCCCCAGACCCCCCUGCUUUGGCCGGGGGGCUGCAGGCGGCCGCUCACCCUGAGCCCCCCACCCCAUCCCCACCCUGUCCCCCCCACGUUCAAUCUACCUCAAGGCCGCCGGGAGAGGGGGGUCCACAGCACUGUCCCCCCCUCACUGAGCCGCUCUGCGCUGCAUGUCCCCCCCGUGUCACAGCGCACACCCCCCCCCCGCACCCCCGGGGGCUCGGCCGGGCGCGACCCCGCCCCUGCCCCGGGACCCCCCCCCGGGCAGAGGGACCCGCCCCCGCUGCGA